AUGGGAUUAGGUUUUUUCCACUUCCAAGCUUUGUUUCUCUUGAGUGCUAUACUACUAAAUUUCACCCCUUUAAGAAUUACAAGUGUCUCAGCCACCACCUUUAGUAAUUUCACAGACAGGCUUGCCCUGCUUGACUUCAAGUCCAAGAUAAUCCAUGAUCCUCAAAACAUCUUUGGUUCAUGGAACGAUUCUCUCCAUUUUUGCCGGUGGCAGGGCGUUAGGUGCGGCUGCAGACAUGAGAGAGUUACUGUCUUAAAGUUAGACUCCAGUGGCUUGGUGGGUUCUAUAUCACCUGCUUUGGGAAAUCUCAGCUUCUUAUGGGGACUUGAUCUGUCAAACAAUACCCUCCAAGGUAAAAUCCCCGAUGGACUUGGUAGACUCUUCAGGCUGCAGAUUCUUGUCUUAAGCAAUAAUUCUUUUGUUGGGGAGAUACCUGGCAACCUGUCACACUGCUCUAAGCUCGACUAUCUUGGUUUGGCUUCAAAUAACCUUGUGGGAAAAAUUCCUGCAGAGCUUGUGUCUUUGUCGAAGUUAGAGAAACUCGUUAUUCACAAGAACAAUUUGUCAGGAGCAAUACCUCCUUUCAUUGGGAACCUUACCUCUCUUAACAGCAUAUCAGCAGCUGCUAAUAAUUUUCAAGGAAGGAUUCCAGACACCUUGGGUCAACUAAAGAACUUGGAAUCUCUUGGACUCGGUACAAAUUUUCUUUCAGGUACCAUCCCACUACCCUUGUAUAAUUUGUCUACCCUCAGCAUUUUGUCCUUGUCUGAAAAUCAACUUCAAGGAUAUCUUCCAUCAGAUAUAGGCCUCUCUUUGCCAAACCUACAAUAUAUCCAAAUUCGAGCAAACCAAUUUUCUGGAUCGAUUCCACUGUCCAUAUCCAAUUCUUCAAAUCUGCAAGUUUUGGAAGCAGGAGAUAACAGCUUCUCUGGAAAAUUGUCAGUAAAUUUUGGAGGCCUAAAGCAUCUGGCUGUAGUUUCAUUGAGCUUCAACAAGAUGGAAAGUGGGGAGCCUGGUGAAUUAAGUUUUCUCGAUUCUCUGAUCAAUUGCACCAGUUUGUAUGCAAUUGAUCUAGUUGGUAACCAUUUUGAAGGGAUGUUGCCUAAUUCUUUAGGCAAUCUGUCAACUGGGCUCACCUUUCUAGGCUUGGGACAAAAUCAACUAUUUGGAGGCAUCCAUUCUGGGAUAGGUAAUCUUAUCAACUUAAACACCCUAGGUUUGGAAUUUAAUCAGCUUAGUGGUCCUAUACCUCUUGAGAUUGGUAAACUUAGGAUGUUGCAACGAUUUUCUCUAUCUUACAACAGGCUCUCAGGUCAUAUCCCUUCCUCCAUAGGAAACUUAACUUUGUUGCUUGAAUUUGACUUGCAAAGAAAUCAAUUGCAGGGAACCAUACCUUCAAGUAUUGGCAAUUGUCAAAAGUUGUUGCUGUUACAUCUUUCUAGAAAUAAUCUUAGUGGCAAUCCUCCUAAAGAACUUUUCGCUAUCUCAUCCCUAUCGAUUUCACUAGACCUCUCUCAAAACUAUUUUAAUGGAUCCUUACCUUCAGAAAUUGGUAGUCUGAAAAGCUUAGCGAAACUGAAUGUUUCUUAUAAUGAGUUUUCUGGGGAAAUUCCAAGUACACUUGCUAGCUGCACAAGCCUCGAAUAUCUAUACAUGCAGCACAACUUCUUUCAAGGAUCCAUUCCAUCAUCUUUUAGUACAUUCAGAGGUAUUCAAAAGCUUGAUCUAUCUCACAAUAAUCUGUCUGGCCAAAUACCAAAGUUCUUGGAUACCUUUGCCUUGUUGACAUUGAACUUAUCGUUCAAUGAUUUCGAGGGUGAGGUUCCAACAAAAGGAGCUUUUGGAAAUGCUACUGCUAUAUUAGUUGAUGGAAAUAAGAAGCUUUGUGGAGGCAUAUCUGAACUUAACUGUUGUGUCAUUUGUUCUGCUUUACCUGUCGAGAAGGAAAAGAAAAGAGCAAUCUUCGGAAUUGUCAUUGAAGGAACCACUGCCAAAAGUUUCUUACGAAAUGCUUCUUAA